AUAUAUGGCGCUCGCACGAUCUCCCUUAGUGGCUUCAGCCCCACAACGACCGAAAUCCACCCAAACAAUCCCCCUUUACCUUACUAAGUUACUUCUGAGUCCUCGCUUCCAAGUUCCAAGUCUUGCGAGAGGAAGCGCACUUUCAAAAUUCUGCAAAGAUCCUCGUCAACUUCCACCCACUCAACUGCAGCCAUGAGCAAUGAAUACGAUUAUUUGUUCAAGCUGUUGCUAAUUGGUGAUUCAUCUGUUGGAAAAUCAUGCCUUCUUCUAAGAUUUGCAGAUGAUUCUUAUGUUGACAGCUACAUCAGUACAAUUGGGGUUGAUUUUAAAAUUAGGACCGUGGAAUUGGAUAGCAAGACUGUAAAGCUACAAAUUUGGGAUACUGCGGGGCAGGAGCGAUUCCGGACCAUUACAAGCAGUUAUUAUCGAGGAGCACAUGGAAUUAUCAUUGUCUAUGAUGUCACGGAGAUGGAGAGCUUCAACAAUGUUAAGCAGUGGUUAAAUGAGAUUGAUAGAUAUGCAAAUGAAUCAGUUUGCAAGCUUCUAGUAGGUAAUAAAUGCGAUUUAGUGGAGAACAAGGUGGUGGACACUCAAAUGGGACAGGCUUUGGCUGAUGAACUUGGGAUUCCUUUCCUUGAGACAAGUGCUAAAGAUGCAAUUAACGUCGAGCAGGCUUUCUUGACAAUGGCUGGUGAAAUCAAGAAAAAGGUCGCUCACCAGCCUGCUGCCAAGAAAUCAACAGGCACUGUUCCGAUCAAGGGACAGCCAAUCCAGCAGAAGAGCAGUUGUUGCACUUGAAAGCGCUCAUUUUUCUGCAUCGUCUCUUUAUACUAUGUUGAUCUUGUUGCUCUAUCUACUAUAAACCUGUUAAUUAUUCUAUCAAGGGAUCUAAGUACUUACAAAUGUAUGCUUUCUUGAACUCGUGUAUCUAUUUGAGGUGUGCUCCCUAGGUUGGCCGGUGCAAUUCAAUGCAAUAUGUAGUGGAAAGUUCUCGUGAUUUUCUUCA